GUUUUGUUUUCGUCCUCGUAGUCGCGCAUCUCAGAGACCGUAGCAGCUGGGAGUUUCAGCCUCCUGCAUCGGGGACGUUCGGCGAGAAGACUCUUUGAGGUCGAGCCAGCACCAGCAAAAUGGCGAGGGGGUUGAAGAAACAUUUGAAGAGGCUCAAUGCCCCAAAGCAUUGGAUGCUUGACAAGCUAGGUGGUGCAUUUGCACCCAAGCCAUCAUCUGGUCCGCACAAAUCCAGAGAAUGCUUACCCUUGAUUCUGAUCCUGAGGAACAGGCUCAAAUAUGCACUGACUUACCGUGAAGUCAUUGCUAUCCUGAUGCAACGACAUGUGCUUGUUGAUGGAAAAGUUAGGACUGAUAAGACAUACCCUGCCGGUUUCAUGGAUGUUGUGUCAAUCCCCAAGACAAAUGAGAACUUCCGUCUCUUAUAUGAUACCAAGGGCCGCUUCUGCCUCCACACUGUCAGGGACGAGGAAGCCAAGUUUAAGCUUUGCAAGGUUCGAUCUGUCCAAUUUGGCCAGAAGGGUAUCCCAUACCUGAACACAUAUGAUGGCCGCACCAUUCGCUACCCAGACCCUCUUAUCAAGGCCAAUGAUACCAUUAAACUUGACCUGGAGACUAACAAGAUUGUUGACUUCAUUAAGUUUGAUGUUGGGAAUGUUGUGAUGGUGACUGGGGGAAGGAACAGAGGGCGUGUCGGAGUCAUCAAGAACAGAGAGAAACAUAAGGGUAGCUUUGAGACCAUCCAUGUUCAAGAUGCAGUUGGUCAUGAGUUUGCAACCCGUAUGGGCAAUGUGUUCACUAUUGGUAAAGGCUCAAAACCAUGGGUGUCCCUUCCCAAGGGCAAGGGCAUCAAGUUAUCAAUCAUUGAGGAGUCUAGGAAGAGGCUUGCUGCUCAACAGGCUGCAUGAUCUAGUGAUAAAUUUUGAGUUAUUUUUCUUUCAAUGUUCUGAGUUGUAACUGUUGGAUGGAUGCAGUAGGAUUCUUCGGAUUCAAGGUGGAAUUAGUUUAUCACAUAAUAUGACUUUUUACAUCACUUUUUGUAUUACUAGCACAAUUUGGACUAGCUUUCAUCAUUGCAAUUUUCUAGUUCAAUCUUUUGAA